AUGAGCGAGAUGAGCUACACGGCGCUGGCGAGAGUGCGCGCGGCGGCGGGGGACGUGGAGGGAGCGCUGGACGCGGCGCGAGCGCUGAAGGAGGAAAAGUUGACGCCGAAGGUGCGGACGUACGCGUGCGCGCUGCACGCGAGCGCGAAAAAGGGGGAUUUGGAGAAGAUGGAGGCCGUGGAGGCGAUGCUGCGCGAUGAGGGGUUGUUGCCGACGGAGUUGGAGUUCAUGGCGAUGUUGAGGGCGUAUCGCGCGGCGGAGGCGUUCGACGGCGGGUUCGCGAUGUUGCGUCGGAUGCGAACGGAGAUUCGUAGCCCGAGCGACGAGAUGAGCGAAGAAUUACGCGCGUGGUUUAGUGCGGUGCCCGGAUGGAGCGUCGCGGACGAAGUGCGCGUGGACGACGCGGGCGCCGCCGUGGCGGUGUUGGCGAUGGAGGAAAAGCGCGUGGAACUUCAGCUCAAGGCGAUUAGUCUUACGGAGGAGGAACGCGCAGACUUGCUCGCGGGCAUCGCAAAGUUGGCGUGCGAACGCGAAGCGCAGUCAGAGUUCGACAAUUUCAUGAAUUGGCUCAACGUUAAAAAAGAUGGUAUGAACGCCAUCGUUGACGGCGCAAACGUGGGCAUGUACAAUCAGAAUUUCUCGACUUCCGGGAUGAACUUUAACCAGGUUGAAAAGGUCCUCGUCGAGCUUCGCAAACGCGCCAAGGAAGGCGAUGCUCCGCCCAUCGCGUUCUUACACCAGCGUCGUGUUGAGGGUGGCCCAGCGCGCAAGCCGCACAAUCAAGCGCUCCUUGCCAAAUGGGACGGCGCCGGCGAGCUCUUCACGACGGCGCACGGCUCAAACGACGACUGGUACUGGUUGUACGCGGCGGUGCACGCCGGGGACAAGGCGUUUCUCGUCACAAACGACGAGUGCCGAGAUCACGUCUUUCAAAUGCUCCCAUCGCCCAAGCUCUUCUACCGAUGGAAAGAACGUCAUCAAGUUCGUUUCACCAUCACCGCGGGCGAAGUUGAGUUGGAUUACCCCGCCGUGUUCACGACGUGCAUGCAAGAAGCCGACGACUCUUCUUGGUGGAUGUUCCCUCAGGAAGACGAGAGCUGGUUGUGCGCGUGCAAAGUCGAAUAG